CGCUUCUUCCUCCCUCCCAACAAAAGAGAAAAUCGGCACGGCUUCACCUCCAUACUCAGCCACCACCGCCAUCAGUGAUAACAGGCGUGAAGUUCUAUCGACUCCACCCUAUGCUGGUUCUCUUUCCCUCUGCAUUCAUCUGGGAUUAAUACGCUUUUCUUUCACACCAUCAGAUUAGCGUGUGGCAAUUUAAUCUCCUCUGGCCGGCAAUAAUCCUCCUGGAGUCCUGGUCACCCUGAUGGAGACAUGUAGGACGGUGUCGAUGUGCACCCCACUGGAAGAGGUUCAAGGCACACAUGUGUUCGAUAUCUUGGGUUACAGCAAGCAUAGAGGCAUGGGCCACGACGAAAACAGCCACAUAGAGUCAGCGAUUUUCUCCGUCCGCGGGCAUGACUGGGCCAUCUUUUUCUUCCCCGAUGGAUUCGAAUUCAGUGUAGAAGGUUCCAUCUCAGUUUUUCUCGUGCUUUUGAGCAACAACACUAAAGUCCGAGCGUCCUAUGACAUGCGGCUGUUGGACCAGUACACCGGAUUAUCAUCUUCAGUGCAGAAAAUAGAGCCUAGGAUUUUUGAUUCUGGUGAUAUUGAUAUGUUUGCUCCACAGACAACUUAUUUCACAAGGCACGGCGAGAUCGAGGGAUCUGCGUACCUUAGGGAUGAUCGCCUGACGAUCGAAUGCGUUGUCACUGUUUUCAAGAAGCCACAUGUCACCAAAACCAAGUCAUUCCCCAAUAUCGACAUGCCACCAGCUAACAUGACUAAGCAUGUUGCCAAGUUGCUCGAAGAAAAGAAAGGAUUUGAUGUUAGUUUCAUUGUUGCAGGAGAGAUCAUUGAAGCGCAUCGGUUUGUUCUCGCUAUGCGGUCGCCUGUUUUCAAAGCGGAGCUCUAUGGCUCAAUGCGGGAGGCAAGGCCGGGGCAGUGCAUAACCAUCAAGGACAUUGGUGAGGAAACUGGGAUGGUCCGGCCUUUAGUAGUGGCUGCGGACCGAUAUGCAAUGGACAGGCUCAAGUUGGUUUGCCAAAGUAUCCUUUGUGAGGAUCUGAACAAGGACACCGUGGCAACCACAUUGGCUUUAGCAAACCAACAUAACUGCCAGCAGCUUAAGGAGGCUUGCCUUCAGUUUAUCGAAUUAUCAGAUUUCAUGGAUGCUGUGGUGGCAACCCAACACUUGAAGCAUCUUUCAUAGUGGAUGAAUUCAUGAAUUGGAGA